UUCAGAAAUACUUUAAAGGGGAGGGGGGGAAGAUGUGGUACAUGGCAGAUAAAUUGCAUAUUUUAAACCUCAUCACGUGAUCCAUGUGACGAUAUCGACUCCUCUUUUGUUUUGGUUUCUUUUUUUUUUCUUUUUUUCCUUUUAUCAAUCAAUAUGCAGCAUAAAAUACAAAAGACAGCAUUUCAAACACAUGAGCAAACAGAAAAACUGCGUGAUUUAUUACAAGCAACAGCUAUCGAAACUAUUUUACUUGAUGCUUGUGCAAGGAAAUCACCUCAAGAAGUUCAAGACAUUCUAGAAGCUUUACCACAAUUAAACCCAGAUACCAUUAGAGAUAACAAUUUGAGAACGCCUUUGCAUUUAGCUUGUAGUCGAAAGGAUGAUCCUAAGGCUGCGACAGAGAUAGCACAGUUAUUGAUACGUGCUGGAUCAGAUGUAAAUAAUGGAGUAGGAGAUAUAGAUGGACUACAACCUAUGCAUAUGGCGGUAUUAGCAUGUAAUCCUCAAUGUGUCUUGAUGUUGUUACAUGAAGGAGCCAAUAUACCAGCAUCAGAUCCAUUUCGUCUGACACCACUACUAUUGGCAAAACUAAAGAUGGAUAAUUUGUUACAACAUAGGAGAUCAACUGAUAAUAAAGAAUGGGUCUCUGAAUGUGCAAAGCAAGAAUACACCGAUUUACUGUCGAUCACUCAAGUGUUAGUGACUCACUUGGCAAACAAACAUUCAUCAUUUGCUUCUUCUCUUAUAGAACCUCGUAACCAUGGAAUAUCGGAUAGUCUACUUUUAUCAGAAAAGAAUGACCUGAACGAAACCAUUGCGGCUAUUACUGAUAAACUAGCCUUGAUUGACGUCUCAGAGACAACGAACCUUCAAGAAUCAGUAAAUGGUUUAAUAGAAAAAGUAAAGCAACUGAGCAUUCAGUCUUAUGUUUGAUCCUUCCCCAAGGAAAAAAGGAAAACACAAGUAAUAAAUUUCCCUUUUUUUUGCCUUUUUUAUUUACUAAAUGACAAAGUCGUUUUCUGUGUUAUCGCUUAACU